UAAAAAUAUCGGAAAUUCUCAUGAAGCGCCGCCUCCCCCUGUUUUUAGAUCUGAAACCGCUCUCCUUCUCGAGCCUUCCUCUCUCCGAUUCUCAUUUUCUUUUCCACUAAUCUCUCGCAAUUUCAUUACCUUUGCCAUAACUUUGCUUUGAUAUAAAUUUUCCACUUCAACUUCCCGGGGAGAGUUGAUUCAAAGAACCAUCUUUUUUAACUUUCUCUCCUUUCAAUCUCUUUUAGCUACACUCCGAUCCCCUCUCUCUCGGCUUUCAAAUUCUUCCGGUAUCUUCAUUCACCCGCCGACAAGGAAAUUUUCCAGACAAAAAAUGCCCAAGAUCAAGACAAACCGUGUCAAGUAUCCGGAGGGAUGGGAGCUAAUUGAACCAACUCUCCGAGAAUUGCAAGCUAAGAUGAGAGAAGCCGAGAAUGACCCACACGAUGGUAAGAGAAAGUGCGAGACUUUAUGGCCUAUAUUCAAAAUAGCACAUCAGAAAAGCCGCUAUAUCUUUGAUCUUUAUCAUCGAAGGAAGGAAAUAUCUAAGGAAUUAUUUGAAUUCUGUUUGGACCAAGGCUAUGCUGAUCGUAACUUAAUUGCAAAAUGGAAGAAGCCUGGUUAUGAACGUUUGUGCUGUCUAAGAUGCAUGCAACCUCGAGAUCACAACUUUGCGACAACAUGCGUGUGCCGGGUUCCCAAGCACCUGAGGGAGGAGAAAGUUAUUGAGUGUGUGCAUUGUGGUUGCAGGGGCUGUGCAAGUGGAGAUUGAUACCUUCUCCUCGUAGUUUGUUUCUCUGAUUAUGACUACAGACGCUUGGAUGCUGUGUUCAUACUCUUGGCUUGUAAUUUGGUAAAAGCUCAAAUUCUAACAUUUGCACUAGAAACUUACUCUGUUCAUACUUGUUAGGGGCAUCGAGUUGCCGUUAACUGGGAAAGAUGAUAGUUCGUAUAAAAAUAUUCUUUUCCUCUUGGGUAUGAA